AUUGUGUUCUAAGAAACCCGAGGGUUCUGAGGAAUUCCCCCUGUAUCCCCUAAUGGCCGGGUAAAGGCAGGAGACCUUCCCUCACAACAACACAAUUGGGGCUUGGGGACAGAUUUUGAAGAGAGGUUCUGCUGCUUUAAAAGUCUUGGAAAACAAUGGGACUAGAUGACCCUGACCCUCCGGCUCAGUGUUUCCUGAUUACCUGCAUCUAGGAAGCCAACUUAGAGAGAGGAGCCCAGAGAGGUGGAGUUAUCCAGAGGAGCUGACAUGGACCCAAAUCCUCGGGCGUCCCUGGAGCGCCAGCAGCUCCGCUUGCGGGAGCGGCAGAAAUUCUUUGAGGACAUUUUACAGCCAGAGACAGAGUUUGUCUUCCCCCUGUCCCACUUCCAUCUCGAGGCACAGAGACCCCCCAUAGGUAGUAUCUCAUCCAUGGAAGUGAAUGUGGACACACUGGAGCAAGUGGAACUUAUUGACCUUGGGGACCAGGACGGAGCAGACGUGUUCUUGCCUUGUGAAGAUCCUCCAUCAACGCCCCAGACAUCUGGGGUGGACGACCAUCCAGAGGAGCUGCGCCUGCCGAUGCACAUGCCAGACAGGACCACAUCCCGUACUUCCUCCUCGUCUUCUGACUCCUCCACCAACCUGCACAGCCCAAAUCCCAGUGUCGGCGGAGCAGACACUCCCUUGGCACAGUCUGACGAGGAGGAUGGGGAUGAGGGAGGGGCAGAGCCUGGAGCCUCCAGCUAGCAGUGGGCCCCGACCUAUGGACUGACUGAGCUGGCUAUUCUCCACCUGAGACCCUAGGCCCAGCCAGAGCUCUUCCGGGAAAACCAGACUCUACUUGUAGUAGGCACCAGAGGGAGGAAAGGAAGGUGGGAUGGUGUCUCUCCUUGGGCGUUUGUUUUACUGCUAACCUUUUCCUGCUGCAACGUUCCCACUAGUGCUUGGCUUACUCCUGAGGUAGAGCUUGCAAGCAACGAGAUGGAAAUGAGGUGGGACAAGAUGCCACUGCUUUUCUUAGCACUCCUCCCCCAAACUACCCUGGCAGUCUUCUAACAGAGUCUCCUACACCACUGUCUCUAAAUGGACAUGAACUCUUCAGCACUCAAGUGAGGUGGUACUCCAGCCAUCCUGCUUCCUUAUGUCCUUUUUUUGAAUAGGGCAUGGUAUAAAUAAUAAACAAAUGAUAACAUACCAA